AUGAAAAGAAGCAAAAUCUAUUUGGCGGUGAGAAUAUUUCUAAUUAUUGCUGGGCUGGUCAUGUUCGGAAUUGGCGUCACUAACUUUGUUCUGGAAGUUACUCAAGAAAGUUAUUCCAUCACACGUGAUGGUCCACUUGCUUUUGUCAUUACGCAACACUUGACAGCUGGAGCUCUCACUGUCACAGGACUGUUAUGCUUCUUCUUUUCAGUUCUAACUCUUGUUCAGGAUAAACAAAAUGUCACUUCUGACCACAGAAUUACAAAAUUAAUCAAUGCAACUACCACUGAUCCAACAGAAUUGCAUUCACUUCAACAUCAACGAAAAAAGCAGAGAAUUUAUAAUUUCUAUUGCUCACUCCAUUUAUGUUUUUGGAUUGGAUUAACUAGUUUCUUAUUAAUUUCUUUAGCAAUUUGCAGUUUAGUUCUCGUUGUUCAAAUUGGAGCUGGAAACACCGCUUCAGUGAAACCCCACGCAAAUAAGGAAAGUUUAUUACAAGUAUGCGCUGCAGCUUUGGGAAUAUCCAUUGGUCUUUGUUUACUUGGUUGCAUACCCAUGUACCUUGUGGGAGCAUAUUUAAUUAACAUUUAUAGAGAUAAAUCAUCAUCGCCAGGCACAGAUGUGAAAGUGUCAUCUCAUGAUCUCGGAAGCACGAGUACGACAGCUAAUUAUGUCUUGAUCAAUGCACGUGACAAUGACGAUGAAGAUGAAUAUGAUGACGAUGAUGCUCUCUUGUUGACUCAUAAUAAUAAUGAAAUUGCACUCAAACCAAAUAGCAUUUUCGUUCUCGCUGUCAAUACUUGCUUCGGAAUCGUCUCGACGGAUGUCAACAAUGUAUGUGGAGGACAUGGUAUAUGUCAAUCCACAGAUUCUUGCUAUUGUUUGGACAUUUGCUCAAAGAACUCUCUUAGAAAUAAUGCGGGUGCUGUUUCUCUCGCUCAGAGCAAUGAUUUAAUCUCCACCAACGGUCGAUUCAAAGCAUCCAUGCAAGUGGAUGGUAAUUUUGUGAUCUAUGAUUUGCAAUCGAAUCAAGCCAUAUGGUCUACUGGAACGAAUGGACAAGGUUCUCAACCUUAUUCUCUCGUGUUGGAUUCGAGUGGAGGUCUACGUGUGUAUGGAAAUGGUGCUGUUAUUUCGACCUUGGUGCAGAGUUGUUCGGCGCUUCCAGCGACGUUGGUUCAACAAAAUGAUGGUCAUCUAGUACUCUAUGGCUCAGGAAAGGAAGUGUGUUGGUCUGCCGGCACCUAUUAUGCCAUAUCGAAUACCUAUGUUUGGACGGGUGGAUCUGAUUGUUCAGUCACCACAUGUUAUGGAAUUGCUUCCAAUUCUGGAAGUGUUUGCAGUGGUCAUGGUUCAUGCACUUAUCUAGAUACCUGUUCCUGUAAUUCGGGAUAUGGCGGCUCAAAAUGUGACACGUACUACUGUAAUGGAAUUAUUUAUAACAGUGGAAGUGUUUGCAGUGGACAUGGUUCUUGUAAUUCACCAAAUACUUGUUCUUGUCAAUCUGGAUAUUCUGGAUCAAACUGUGAAACUUAUUAUUGCAAUGGAAUUUUAUACAAUUCAACGAGUGUUUGUAAUUCUCGUGGAACUUGUUCAGCCUCAGAAACUUGUGUUUGCAAUGCAAAUUAUGGAGGUACCUAUUGUCAAAUUCCUAAAUGCUUUGGAAUUUUACAAACAGCCACUGGCACAGUUUGCAGUGGACAUGGUACAUGCAACGAUGUUGACACAUGUGCUUGCAACACGAAUUGGGGAGGACCAAGUUGCUCCUUUCCCAUGUGUUUUGGAAUUUUACAAAAUGAAACGAAUAGUGUUUGUCAUGGACAUGGUUCUUGCAAUGAUGUCGAUACUUGUGCAUGUGUGGCGGGAUGGGGUGGCUCUCAAUGUUCCAUGCCAACCUGCAAUAAUAUUUUACAGAAUCAGACAGGACUAGUGUGUGGUGGACAUGGUACAUGCGAUGGACCAGACACGUGUCAUUGCAAUUCUAAUUUUACAGGUCCUUUCUGUCAAUAUCCCUUUUGUUAUGGUAUUCCUUCAAAUGCAUCAACCGCCGUUUGUAGUGGACAUGGUGUCUGUACUGGUGUCGAUACCUGUGUCUGUAAUUCGAAUUGGGCUGGAUCUGAUUGCUCCAUGCCUAAAUGUUUUGGAGUGUUGCAGAACUCGACCACUGUUUGUAGUGGACAUGGAACUUGCAAUGAUGCUAAUGUUUGUGCUUGCAAUUCAAAUUGGGACGGACCUGAUUGCUCCAUGCCUAAAUGUUUUGGAAUUUUACAAAACAUGACGAGUAGUGUGUGUAGUGGACAUGGAUCAUGUAAUGACGUUGACACGUGUUUGUGUAAUCCUAAUUGGAGUGGUUCCAAUUGUUCAAUUCCCAUGUGUUUUGGUAUUUUACAAAAUCAAACGAGUGAAGUUUGCAAUGGACGUGGUUCUUGUAAUGGUGUGGAUACCUGUGUCUGCAAUUCCAAUUGGGGUGGUUCCAAUUGUUCAAUUCCAAAAUGUUUUGGUAUUUUACAAAACAUGACAGGUAGUGUUUGCAGUGGACAUGGUUCUUGUCAAAAUGUGGACACUUGUGUGUGUGAUUUGAAUUGGGGAGGACCAAGUUGUUCCUUACCUACAUGCUUUGGAAUUUUACAAAACGAAACGAGUAGUGUUUGUAAUGGACAUGGUUCUUGCAAUGCAGUGGAUACUUGUGUUUGUAAUUUGAAUUAUGGCGGUCCUUCUUGUGCCUUACCUAAAUGUUUUGGAGUUUUACAAAACAUGACAAGCACCGUGUGUAGUGGACAUGGCUCUUGUAUCGAUGUGAAUACUUGUUCAUGUUUGACUGGAUGGGUAGGUCUCAAUUGUUCCAUGCCAACCUGUUUUGGAAUUCUGCAAAAUUCAACCUCAACUGUGUGUAGUGGACACGGCUCAUGUGUGAAUCUUGACACUUGUUCUUGCAUGGCUGGAUGGGGUGGUCCAAGUUGCGCCUUACCUAAAUGCUUUGGAAUUUUACAAAAUGAAACGAAUAGUGUUUGUCAUGGACAUGGUUCUUGCAAUGAUGUCGAUACUUGUGCAUGUGUGGCGGGAUGGGGUGGCUCUCAAUGUUCCAUGCCAACCUGCAAUAAUAUUUUACAGAAUCAGACAGGAAUAGUGUGUGGUGGACAUGGUACUUGUGAUGCUCCAAACGUGUGUCGUUGCAAUCCGGGUUGGAGUGGCGACUUUUGUUUCAUGCCCUCUUGUUUUGGAAUUUUACAAAAUAUAACUUCCAGUAUUUGUUCUGGGCAUGGUAUUUGUACCAACGUCGAUACAUGCCUCUGUCAUACGAAUUGGACAGGCCUUAAUUGUUCGAUACCAACGUGCUUUGGAUUUUUACAAAACUCUACAAAUGUUUGCAGUGGACAUGGAUCAUGCACGAAUGUGGACACUUGUGUAUGUGAUUCGAAUUGGGGAGGACCAAGUUGUGCCUUACCAAAAUGUUUUGGAAUUUUACAAAAUGUGACGAGUAGUGUUUGCAGUGGACAUGGAUCAUGUAAUGCAGUGGAUACUUGUGUAUGUGAUUUGAAUUGGGGAGGACCAAGUUGUUCCUUACCAAAAUGUUUUGGAAUUUUACAGAACCAGACAGGAAUAGUUUGUAACGGACAAGGAACUUGUGACACAGCCGAUGUUUGUCGAUGUAAUUCAAACUUUUCUGGUGAAUGGUGCCAAUAUCCCAAAUGUUACAACACUGCUUCCAAUGAAACUGCAACAGUUUGUAGUGGACAUGGAGCUUGUAUGUCACCCAACAACUGUUCUUGCUUACCCACAUGGAUUGGUGCAGAUUGUUCAGUCACCACUUGCUUUAAUGAAUUGUCCAACACGUCCAAUGUGUGUAGUGGAAAAGGAAGUUGUACAUCUUUCGAUCAUUGCAACUGCAAUUCAAAUUAUUUUGGAAACAAAUGUGAGCUCACGACUUGUUAUGGAAUUACUUCCAACAACUCUCUCGUUUGCAGUAACAAUGGACAAUGUAGCUCUUUUAACAAUUGUACUUGCUCCUCAGGUUAUGAUGGAUCCAUGUGUGAAAAUUAUAGAUGUUAUGGAAUUCCUUUUAACUCAACCAAUACUUGUAGUGGAAAAGGUAUCUGCGUUUCUCCCAACAAGUGCGUCUGUAAUCCAGGAUUUAGUAAUUUCGACUGCUCAGUGGUGGAAUGUUUUAACAAAUUUUCAAAUACAUCAGAUGUUUGCAGUGGAAAGGGAAAUUGCAGUGAUUAUAACAAUUGUACUUGCCAGUCAGGUUUUGUGUCAAUGGAUUGCAGUGUGAACAUUAAUCCUUAUGUCAUUUCAUUGUCUUCAACAUCCAUGCAAAUUGACACUUCAUCCAACAUGACAAGUGUCGAAGUGCAAAUGAAUAUUCCAACCGAUGUGAAUCCUCUGAUGACCAGUUUCUAUUGGUACUGCUUGAAUUGUCAAGGAAUUUCAAAUUCAUCUGUCUUCAUGUUGGGCUCCAAUCAACAAAAAUUAACCAUUGCCAUUCGAGAGUUGAAGGCACCUGGUAGCUACUUGUUCCAUGCGAAUGCUACCACCUUGAAUCCUUUUCCGUUCCCAACACGAAUUUCAAACACUGAAGUGUUUAAUUUAACACUCCUAGUUCCAUACGUACCAAAUCUAUCUGUUCCUUCUUUAGGAGUAUUUGGUCUUCCUUCUGCCUUUGUUUCGACACGGAAUGGAGGGUCAGGUCAGACCAUCAGUGCCGUCAUUUCGAAUAUUGUAUUGAAUCAAACGAAUAUUGAGAAAUUCCUUGGAUGUAAAGCAAAUUGUACCACCUCUCUCACUUACUCAUGGCAAUUGACAAGUACAAGUAGCAGCUCAUUGGAAGCCUCUUCCACUGGAAGUAUUUCUGCCUUUACUGGUGGCAAUAAUCUCAUGAUUCUUCAACCACCAAUUAUAGUGUCAGCCACUCUUAGAAAUUUGGUGAGCAACAGCAAGAUUGGUUUUGCAUUAGCACUAUUUAACAAUCAAAUGUUAAAUAUUUCCUCUCGGGUGGAUAUUCCAGUGUUGCCACCUGUGGCUCCACCUACAAAUAGUUCACUCCCUGUCACUAAUAAUACCAACGCUGUGAUUUCUUCCUUAGUGCAAGUGGUGCCAGCUGAAGGUGUAGCUCUCACAGAUACGUUUACAAUUAACAUUACAGCAUGGAAGGCACCAAGAGAAUUGCUUCCACUCAGAUAUGCCGUCGGAUUUUAUGACAAAACUAAAGGAAAGGACGUGAGAUUUACUGAUUUUUCUCUCAAUCUCACCAUCACUGUUUAUUUGCCCUUUAUUCAAAAUAAGGCAAGAAGAAGAAAUGUCCAUGCAGCAUUGUCACAAGUGGAUUUAGUUGUGUAUGUGAUGGAUGCUCUAGGAAAUGUGGAUUCACAAUCUUCAAAUGUCACCGUCACUGUGGCUCCUUUCAACGGAACAUCAACGGAAUUGCUUCAGAGAAUUAAUCAACUUUCUGGUACCUCAUUGAUGGUAGCUUCGUUCGAUCAAUCCUAUACUGCAUUGAGCAGUACAAGCGGAGGAAAUUCAAGCGCUGUGAUUUAUGAGCUUGUAAAGAACAUUGUGAUUGAUCCUAAAAAUCCAUCAGUUGCCUUAUCCAGUUUUGAAAGUUUAACAUCGAACUCGGAUUCGAUCAAUGACAAUAUCGUCAGUGCUGUUACCACCAAGUUGUCUUCGUUUGUUGACGGAGUGAAAAAUACUUAUAGUGAUGAAAAGAAACUUUACGGAUUUGUCAAGAGCAAACUCUCCGAUCAAGAUGUAACCUCAACCAUUUCUGUUUCGUCGAAUUUACUGUCCAGUGGUGUUUCUAGUGACAAAACAAGAAAUGUCACAGAAAAUAUUUCCUCAAUGGUCUUAUUGGGAGAGGUUGCAAAAGUCAUUGACCAAUCAAGCUCUGCAUAUUUACCAACUGUUUCCUAUAGCACUUCUCUGAUCAAUAUUACCAUUUCCAGCUUUAAAUUGAAUUCUGGAAUUUCGAUUAAUCAAACCUUAUCGUCAGGAAGUAACUCGGUAGAGCUGAGCAUCUCACAAAUUUUGACACAAUACAAUGCAUUCUCAAAGGAAUGUGGAGUGUCAAUGAUUGAAUACGCUAAAAACACAAACUAUGAUAACUACACUUCCAAUAAUGUUAUUACAUCAGUGGUGAACGAUUUCAAAUUUAUUCAAGAACAAACUCCAUUAAUAUUGAAUAACCUUAAUCAGCCAAUCAUUCUCACAUUCAAAUUGGAUUCUUCAAGCUUACAAGGAAAGAAUAUUUCCAAUUCCACUUUUACUUGUAGAUAUUGGGAUGAAGAGGGACGGCGAUGGAGCAACAAUGGAUGCUUCUUGCAUCGAGUGGAUAUUCCAUCAAAGACGAUCGAAUGUGCAUGUUAUCACACCACCAUGUUUACCACAUUCUUGGAACAAAAAACCACCGUCAACAUGCUCGAAGUGAAAGAUCAAGUCGCCGCUCUCUAUUUUUCUCAGAUUGUCUUUGGAUGUAUCUACACUGCAAUUGCCAUCUUCUUGUUGGUGAGCUUGAUUGUGUUAAGAAAGGAACAACCAGUGACGAGUCGAUUGUUGACUCCAUAUGUGGGUCUUAUUGCCUUAAUUACAGAGAGCAUUUUAAUUUAUAUCAUUCAGAGAGGAGUAUUGGUCAAUCAAUUGUUGGGAGCCUCUACACAAAUGUGGGAAACAGGAGAUACUGCUGCCAAUGUGAUUGCCAACAUUGUGACCAUCUUUGUGAACACAUUGAACUUGUCUGCUAUUUUAUGCUAUGUCUUGCAAGUGUUUAGAUUUCAAUUGAUGAAAUUCCUUUAUCAACAAAUGUCCAACAGUCGAGGCAACGAGAAAAAUAGCGAAAGAAUUCUCAAAGCAUUGAAGUACUCUACUUCGGCUGCACUGUUUUACACCAUUAUUGCCAUAUUUGCAGCAUUUAAUGUUUGUUAUUGGACUCUUUGGGUCAUUCUUGUGAGAACAGGCGCAAUCUCCUCUCCAACGUAUAGCUACAUUGUUUCCAUUUCGUACCUUGUUUGUAUUUUGACAUUUAGCAUUGUGAUUUGUACUGUUGCCAUCUUUGAUUGGAUUUUGUCCUCAAAGAAAGAAGUGGAGGUGAAAAACAGUCGAAGAAGACCAACGAACAACUUUAGUCAAGUGAACUCGAUUGCCCUUGCUAGCGAUUCAGGUGAAAAUCUCAAAGAUCCAAAGAAGAAAAAUUUAAUCACUCUCCCCACAACUGUGAUGAAUUGGUUUAUAUCUUUGGACCAACCUCUUUAUUUCAGAAUGGAAAUGGUUAUUUACAUGGUUUGCUUUAUUUUCCAAAUUCUAAAUCUCAUUAUUGGAAGUUCGAGUUUAUCAUUUAGAUUUGAUAGUAAUGAAUCGUACAAGAAAGCACUCACUCUCGAUGGAGUUUCCUUUAUAUUUGAAGUUUUCUAUGUUGUGAGCUACUUGUUCGUGUUUGGUGGCUUUGCAUUAAUUGUUGCAUUGAUUUACAAAUUCAAACGAUCGAAAAAGAAACAAGAACAACUUCAAAAACGUAAAGAAGAGCAAAAGAAAAAUCAAGAGGAACUCAUAAAUAAGGAAAUGCAUGUCCUUUUGGAACAUGAAGAAGGAUACAAACUCUUUGAAGCAUUUUGUCAAAAAGAAUUUUCACUUGAGAACUUGUAUCUCUAUUCCGAUCUGAAAGCAAAUCCAGAAAUUACCCAAGGUCAACAAUUGGGAGGAAUUGUGAAAUUCAUGUCCUUCCUCUACAAUACCUAUGUCAAGACAGGUGCCACACAUGAAGUGAACAUUCCUUCCAAGUGUAGAAAUUCAUUCCUCUAUUUGUAUAAGAACGUGUUGGAAUCGAGAGACCAAUUAAUAAGCACGGACCUCAAACAAUCUGCUGACAAUUAUGAAGGUGAUAUAGAGCUCGUCGAUAAGGAUAUCAAAUUUGCCACAAAGAACAAUCCAAUACCACGUCAAGAAAUUGAUGCUGAGACUGUCUCUAAUUGUUUUGAAUUUCUCCUCCGUCAAGUCAUGCUUAAUAUUGGAGACACCUUCUCUCGUUUCGUGUUCACUCCAGAAUAUAAAUCGUUCCAAAAGUCCUUGGAAAUGCAACAAACGAUUAUGGAUAAGGUCGGAGUGGUGUACGGCAUUUAG